AUGGUAGCGAGAGCUAGAGCUUCUCCUUACGAGGUUCUUGGUGUGUCUCCAUCAGCGACUCCUCAAGAUAUAAAAAGGGCUUACCGUAAACUUGCUCUUAAGUAUCACCCAGAUGUUAAUAAAGAGGCAAAUGCGCAGGAGAAGUUUCUGAAGAUAAAGCAUGCAUACACCACUUUGAUAAACUCUGAGUCACGGCGUAAAUAUGGAUCCGAUAGUCGCGCGUCUGGUUAUUCAUAUUCGACGGGUCAAACAAGCAGAAAAAGCGACAGUCAAAUCGAGGAAGAUUUCUAUGGACUUGGGGAUUUCUUCAAAGAUCUUCAAGAAGAGUUUAAGAACUGGGAAGCUAGUGCGUCCUCACAAGGAAAACCGAAAAGUCUUUGGGAGGAACUAUCGGAAAUUGGGGAAGAAUUUGUGGAGUUUCUUGAGAAAGAGCUUAACAUAAGCGAUGAGGAAAAUGACGGAUCAAACAAAAACGGUGAAGGAUUUGAUUUUGACGAAAGCUCCUCAACAGAGAAAUCGCCAGGGAAUAGUAAUAAUAGCACGAAGAACAGUAUAGAAGACAAUAUUGAUGAGAUCGAAGCAACUCUCGCUCAAUUGAAGAAAGAUCUUGGCUUGCAAUAA